AACUUGAGAAAGCAUGUGGAAUUUCCUCCCUCGUCACCUCCUCCAAAAGGCACACUAUCUUAUAACAAGUGUGCAGUCUGUUUUGUCUGUAGAACGCAAGGAGAAAACGGGGGACUGUUAUCCCCGGAGCCGCCGGCCCGGAUGUAUAUGGGACGGUCUGUUCGUCAGUGUGAAUGGCGAAGACCACGGACGAGUCGAGGGAGCACGGCGUGCGUGGCUUGCUUUAUAAAAAUCGGUCUGUGUUUAUCUUGUGAGGCUCUGCAGCUCUGGGAAAGUGGAAUUGUGUCUCACAGGCUGCCUCGUUAAGCCAUUAAGCCCCGGAAGUGCUCGCCUCUAUGUUGUUGGUUAUGGAACGGCGCUUCUCCUCAUAGUAAGCAAUCGUGUAGUCGCGCAAACCCAAAAUCUGUCACCCUGCUUCUUUCAACCAUAUAAUAAACAUGGCGAGGCCUGUACAUCUUGGGACCCUUCUGGUCUCCACAGCCACCUGCCUAGUGACUGGCUAUGUCUUGUGCAAGACCGACUGGCCUCGUUUGACACGGCAACUGAGGAGAGCGUUUUCCCGACUCCUAUUUCAACACUGCCCUGUAAUUGAAUUCACAACCGACGAUGUAGAAGGUGGACCGACAGGAAAACUGCCCAAAACGUUUAACGAGGCGACGUCUUGGGUUGCAUCGCACGGAAAAGCGUGUCCAGUAGAGGAUCAGCUGCAACUCUACGGCUUCUAUAAACAGGCUACAGUCGGAAACUGCGCCGACCCCGAACCGUCUAUCGUGGAACUUGCUCGACACGCCAAAUGGAACGCAUGGCGCCAGUGUACCGGAAUGGAACCAGAAGAGGCAGAAGAGGCGUACGUGGGUUUCGUCAGAGACAUCAUUGCAUCUAGAGCAUCAACAGGCACGGGACAACAGAAGAUACCGCCAAGUGGCUCGCCGAUGGGAAAGCCUCAAAGCUCUCUGAGAAGUAUCGAGCAACAAGACGAUAGGCAACUGUCAAAGGUCGACCGCUUUUUCAGGCAUGCGGCAAAUGGCGACUUGGCCGCCAUCGUGGAAGACCUCAGAAGCGACGCAGCGCUGGUGACUGCAAGAAAUGAUGAUGAUAUGACAGCGCUGCAUUUGGCAGCGGACAGGGGUCAUGUUGAUGUUAUUGACUUUCUCCUUGAAAAAGGGGCUGACGUAAACGCCCAGGACAACUCUGGGGAAACCCCUCUGCAUGUGGCGGUCGUGGCCGAGAACUUGGAUGUCAUAUCACUCCUACUGAAGAGGAAUGCUGAUAUAUCUUUGCAGAGUCACGAAGGCGAGACAGUGCUCGACGUGGCAAACCAGACGGACAACCCUGAACUGGUGCAGGUUGUCACCGCCUCAAAAGCUACUUGAUUACGGCUUCAACUCCGUCUUAAUGUGCAUUGCUCUGUUGGCCUGUAGUGGCACUUUGGAGCGCAGGUGUACCACGAACCAACGGCCGCUUGUGUGUGAUUUACAAGUCGUAUAAACGAACUAUCGACACAUGACACAUGGCUUCUUUAUAAAUAUAGUUACGACCCGA